UACAACAACAUGGUAGAAUUUUAACCAGAAAGAGUUUUGACUGAUUCAAACCAAAUUUGUCUGAGAACUUGAUGUUGAACAAUAUUAAUGCCAGGAUAGUGGGUUCAUGUUAAAGUCCUAUCAUUAUACAUUUUUUUGAUUUUAGAAGCCUUAAUUAUUAAAAUAGAUUAAUUAGUUAAAGACAUAAAAAAAAAAGAAGUUAAAAAAUGGAGCAUUUCUUAAUUUAUGUACUAAAAUCUUAAAUGACAAAUUAAACAAAAAGUGGAUGUAUACUGUAUAACCCUCUACUUGGCUCCCUUAUUCUAAUGGGUUAAUUAAUUGAUUUUGGAUUUUUAACAAAAAAGGAAAGACUAAGACGAUGUGAAUUAUGUUCAUAAUGGGGUCAUGUUGGCCGGCUAAUAAAGUCUUCUUCGCUUCCCCUUUCACUUUGGCAAGCGGACAAGCCCGUCCUUCGUAAUUUCCAAAACCUUCCCUUAUCUCUUUCUCGAUCUGGAACCUGUUUCUUCAUCCACAAACCAUCAUGACACUCCAAUGUCGUCAUAAGUUUCGCUUACAUUUUCUAAAUAUAGUCCUUCUCUUUCAUUCCUGUCUCCCUCCCUCCCCCUCGAGCUCCAAUUCUUCUCUCAUCUUCGCCAAAAGAAGAAAUAUCAACAAGUGAGUGACUCAUUAUGGAGAUUGAUCACCAAAACGUGGAAAUAGAUGGUAAUGAAGACCGCAUCAGCCAGCUUCCUGAUUCUGUAAUAGCUCUCAUUCUGUCAUCUCUAACCACCAGAGAAGCCGUCAGAACCGGUGCAGUCUCAUCAAGAUGGAGAAAUCUGUUCAAAUGUCCCACAAGUCUCGUGCUUGAUGCACACAACAUGCUUGACAAUGACAAGUAUUCUGACAUCAACGUAUCCCAAAUGCUGUGCUUGGAAAGAGACAUUGUAAAGAUGAAAAGAACCGUGGAAUUCUUGAAAAUCGUGGGUUACUACUUGCACUGUGUCAGAGGGGUCCCGAAAAUUGAGACUCUCAAGGUUCACUUCACAUUUGGGAAUAACAGAUACUACGCCUGUAAACUCGAUCGGUGGAUUGGUUUUGCUCUUAAGAGGCAAGUUGAAGAGAUUGAUCUGUGCUUGUUGGAACAAAAUGUCUUCAGUGCUCCAAGUGAAGGGCUUUAUGCCUUCCCUUGUGCUCUUCUCCGUGGGAUUCGGUCUCUGAAACGCCUGCGUUUAGCCCAUUGCGUAUUGGCCCCAGGGCCUCAAUGGUCCAUUUUCUUAGGUUUCAGCACACUGACGUCUUUGGGACUCGUGAACGUUGAUUUAGUGUCAGACCACCACCUUCAGAAUCUGCUAUGUAAUUGCGAUAAUAUCGAGUCCUUGAGUUUCUGCAUGUGUUGGAAUCUGCAUUAUUUGAGAAUUGAGCACCCCUUUUGCCAGAAGCUCAAGUAUCUGAGCGUGAAUGAUUGUCCUCAACUGAAGACAAUUGAGCUAACAAGCCUUAAUAUUGAAACUCUAGAAUACAAAGGCAGAUUCGUAUGGUUCCAAUUCCUUGAUACUCCGAAGCUAAGAACUGUUUUCACUGGUGUGAAUGAUUGGAGGAUCAGUUAUAGCGAUAUUUUGCCACUUUGUAAGCUUCCAAAUGAUCUUCCUCAUCUGGAAACUCUCUUCUUAGAAACCACCUGUCACAUGGCAGCGGCUUUGUGCAUCCCCAGAUUUCAUAAUCUUCGACAUUUGAUAAUUCUGAAACUAAACAAGCACGAGCAUGACCUUUCUUGGAUAGCAUUAAUUCUAAAGGCGUGUCCAAGGCUCCAAAAACUAGAGCUACAUCUAGGAGCAAACUCCUAUGUUGGAGAAGAAGCGAAAGACAGAAACUGGCCUCCCAGAUGCGCACACGAGCAGUUGAAAGAGGUACUGAUAACAGGCAUGAGAGGCCAGACGAGCGAGAUUGAGACUGCAAUUUAUCUUCUGAAGAAUGCAACUUCACUUCAGAUAAUGAAAAUCGACCCUCGUCCCAGACUUUACCUCGGAAAUGGAAAAUGGCAGCAGAUAGAGCCGUACGAGAGUUGGACCAGGACUGGAAAGCACAAGGUAGAACACCAUCUAAUUCAACAAGCUGGUGCGGCAGUCCAACUCUCGGUGUUGUAACAGACAAGGCAGAAACAGAAUAUAUAUAUAUAUAUAUAUAUAUACAUAUAACAACUUAAGCUUUUGAGUUGACAUUAAGGAAUAACUCUGGUUAGAUUAUGCUAGAGAAUAUGGAAAUUUGUGUGUCUUUUCAAUUUCUAGAUGGUGCGAUCUAUAAUGAUGAUGAGAAUGUGAAAAAUGCAGAAGAAAAUAAUCCACGGAGUGAAGGUGUGAAUACCAGAGCGCCCCCAAACACUUCAAAUAUGUGAUGAUUUCUAUAUGUACACGAACAUGCUGGGAAUAGAAUAAAGCUUGCUUCAUUAAUAAUUCAAUUCUUGCUGUAUGUAUAUGCAUAUGUAUAUGUUCACAGGGAAGCAAUGUUGGUUGGUGCAGGGAGUUCCCCCAAACACUUCAUUGAAGAAGGGACCCACCCAAUGUGUGUGGGUCCCAUAUGUAUAUAUAUAUAUAUGUAUAUAUGUGAAGUGUUCAGAGGAACUCCAAGAGACAGCCAACAAAUUGAUGUGUUAUGGUAUGGUGGGAGAUGAAGAGGAAGUGAAACGUAUUUAUAAUGCAGAAACGAUGACGAAGGUAAUAGAGGA